UGGAGAAAGUCACUUGCUCCUCUUUGCAAAUGGCAUUUUAACUUCUUUGCAUGGUUGGAUUCUUCUCCCCCUCCUCCCGCCGCUCUUUGAUGAGGCUUGUCACCCUGCUUGUUUCUGCAAGAUUCCACGGUCUGUCAGCUCUAGAAUACUCUGAGGAGCAGAAGGGGAGCAGAUCUCCAGGACUGAAAGCCUCUCCGAAGCAGUGUUAGCAAUGCAGUCACCUUCGGAGUACCUUUUCAAACACAAAGGAUUUUAUUUCCAACCCCAGCUGGUUACGGCAGAAUACAUAGAUUCGCUGGAAGACUUUGAAAUCAGAGACAGUGAUGUAUUUUUAGUCACCUAUCCCAAAUCAGGCACAGUAUGGACUCAGAACAUUUUGAGCCUGAUUUAUCAUGAAGGACAUCGAAAUGGAACUGAGGACACGGAUUUAAUGGACAGAGUCCCAUGGCUGGAAUACAAUAUCCGUAGCAUGGAUUACAUCAGUCGCCCAUCUCCUCGGCUCUUUGCAUCCCAUCUGCCCUACUAUUUGGUCCCUAAGGGGUUAAGAAGCAGAAGAGCAAAAGUUAUUUAUGUGUCAAGAAACCCAAAGGAUGUCUUGGUUUCCUACUACCAUUUUUCCAAAUUUGCAGUCAAAUUUGAAACAGCAGGAGACUUUGGCAAUUUCAUGGAAAAGUUUUUAGCUGGUGAAGUUCUAGCUAGUUCAUGGACAGACCAUGUUGAAGGCUGGUAUGCUCACAAGGAUGACUUCAAUAUUCUCUUUCUUACCUAUGAAGAAAUGAAGAAGGACCUGAGGAGUUCCGUAUUGAAAAUAUGCAGUUUCCUAGGAAAGAAGCUGACUGAGGAAGAGUUGCAGGUUGUUGUGGAUAAGGCUACAUUUGAUAAAAUGAGAAUUGAUCCCAGGUCAAACUAUGAGAACAUGCCCCCUGAUCUCCUAGAGAAAGACAAAGGACACUUUCUUCGGAAAGGUACUGUUGGGGACUGGAAAAACAUAAUGACUGUAGCACAGAGUGAAAGGUUUGACAGUGUUUUUAAGGAAAGGAUGCAAAACCUGCCCCUCAGGUAUUGCUGGGAUAUCAAUGAUCACCUUCCAUCUUGAAAGAUGAAAAAGAAUGUACUGUGUAUACAUUUAAUACAUAUCUGUGCAAAAUAAAAACUGUAA